AUGAAACGAUGUCUGAGAAAUGUAGGUCUUGUGAGCACUGAGGACAGGAUCAGUCACUUGCCUGAAGCUCUGAUUCUGCAUAUAUUAUCAUUACCUACAACUAAAGAUGUCGUAGCCACUAGUGUUUUGUCUAAACAAUGGAGGUCUCUUUGGAAAACGGUGCCUAGUCUCUAUUUUGAUCAUUACAGCGAUGAGAGUGAACAGGAGACAUUUUCAGAGAUUGUUUGCAGGCUUCUUCUUUACCACAAAGCUCCCUUUCUAGAGACUCUGCAUAUUAAUUUUAGACUAGACGGCUGUGAUGCUAUGGAUAUUGGAAUGUGGACUGGAAUCGCAUACGCACACCAUUUGCGUAAGCUGUCACUCAAUGUUGAAUCUAAAACAGAGUCGUUCAAGUUUCCUAGAAGCUUGUAUAACUGCGAAACGCUGGAGACCUUGAUACUCGGCGCUUGGAUCCUUGUAGAUGUCCCUUCUCAGGCUUGUCUCAAGUCACUUAAAACGCUGCAUCUAUACUCUGUGGACUACAAAGACAUGGCAUCGGUUCGUAACCUUUUAUCCGGUUGCCCUAAUCUUGAAGAGUUGGUAGUGUUUCGAGAUCAACCGGAUGUGGAGAUUUUCUCAAUCGCAGCUCCAUCUUUAAAGAGACUAACGAUUCAAGAUGAGAAUGAUUGGAAAGAGUUUGGGGGCUAUGCCAUAGAUGCUCCUUCUUUGGAAUACUUGAACAUUGAAGGGUUUAAGGCGCUUGAGUUUUGUCUGUUUGAGAAUGAACCGAAGUUGGUGGAGGCAAAUAUUGCUAAUGUCUCUAAAAUAAUCGAAGAAAACAUUUUGGGAUCACUCAUUUCAGUCAUACGUCUUUCCUUGGAUUUGUCACCUUUGGAGAUUACAUUUCCUACGGGUAGUUUCUUCUAUCGGUUAGUGUAUUUGGAGCUACGUGCACAUAAAGCCGAGUGGUGGAAUCUACUUGUGCUCAUGCUCAAUGCUUCUCCUAAAUUACAAGUCCUCAAGCUCAUCGGUGUAAGCAUUACAAGUCCUCAUGCUCAAUGCUUUUAUAGAUUUAGUGAUCUAAUGUACAUUGUGUAUCUCUCCCUCAUUGGUCUUCAGCAAUACUGGUCUCAAGUUGGAAAAGGUAAUGGUGUGUCGUCUGGGAAAUGGAGUCAACCGGAGAAUGUUCCUGAAUGUUUGUUGCUUCAUCUCGAGACGUUUGUGUGGAAAGCUUAUAAGCAACGUUUGAAACAGGAGAAAGAGGUGGCGAAAUACAUCCUAAGAAAGAGGUGGCGAAAUACAUCGUUUGAAGAAAGCGAGUUUCUCCACAAAUCCAUAUGA